AUGUUGUCAUAUAAAAGUCGCCGCUGCCCAUCCGCUACUUCACCUUCUGCGCCUUACGACAAGACGUGCUUCACUCGAAUGCGGUUAUCUCUUCUGUCAUGCAUCGCUUCUGGCGUCUGGAUUUCCGCUUGGACACACUUACCGCGCCUUUCACCGCGCGAGCGCUUACCAGCUGGCCUGCCCAAAUCACUUUCAGUGAAUGAUGCGCUUUUCAUUGACAUGCCUCUCGAUCACUUCUCCAAUACGAGCACAACCACCUUCAGAAACAGAUACUGGGUCAACGCCACAUACUACGUCCCCGGCGGCCCGGUCUUCCUAUUCGACUCCGGCGAACAAAACGCAGAGCCACUUCUACCUUACUAUUUGCAGGAGUACCAUGGUCUAUCGGCCACGAUGCAGUUUGCGAAGCGGUACGGUGGCGUGGCGGUCCUUUGGGAGCACAGAUACUACGGUGCAUCUCAGCCCUUUCCCAUCAAUCACAACACGACAGCGGAUGAAUGGCAGUAUCUGACAACGGAGCAAGCUCUCGAAGACGUAGUCUUCUUCGCGAACCACUUCUCUCUCAACUCUUCCAACGGGAGUUCGGAUACCUCGACUGGAGAAUCCGCCCGUCAUCCAUCGCGUACACCCUGGGUUUGGCUCGGCGCGUCGUACCCUGGCGUACGAGGUGCUCUGAUGCGCGUGCGAAACCCGGAGGUUAUCUACGCCGUGUGGGCAAGCUCCGCUCCCGUUCAAGCGCAGAUUGAUAUGGCGUCGUACUACGAGGCUGCAGAGAGGAGUUUGACGAGGAACUGUUCUGCGGAUUGGGUAGCGGUCACGCGAUACGUGGAUGAUGUGCUAGCGAAUGGAACGGCUGAGGCUCAAACCGAUAUGAAGGUUCGCCUCCUGAGCGCCCGCGCCAGUUCGCCGACGCAGAACAUCACGGCCUCCGCCGCACAAGCGGCUGAGGCAUCCAAUUCCGACGCCGCUGGCGUCCUGAUGGACCCGCUAAACUUCUAUCAGUAUUAUGGUUUCGCUGCGUCGGUGCUUCCCUUCUGCAACAUUGUUGAAACGCGGAACGGGACCGCCGAACCAAUGGAGGGCGGGUUGAUCUCUGCCAUGCCCGUCGAGGACGUUCUGGACGCUUUCCUCAGCGCUAUCGCGCAGGUGGACUAUGACGAUAUCCCGAGCUCUGACGAUCCGGCCACAGAUCUAGCGUGGAUGCGACAGUAUUGUUCAGAAUACGGCUUCUAUCAACGCGGAGACCCAUCGAAUCCGCUCUCCAUCGAGACCAGCUUCGAAUCGCUUGACCUCUUCCAGGCGCAGUGUAACGAGACCUUCCCAGACAUACGGGGACCUCCGAAGGUGGAGAAUAUCCUGAAGUAUGGAGGAUGGACUAUGAACCCGUCGAAUGUGCUCUUCACGAAUGGCGAAUUCGAUCCGUGGCGAACGAUGGGCCUGGCAUCUAUCGAGUCCAACUCGCCCAUGCGUAUCCCGAGCCCGGCCGUCCCACCUUGCAACACUUCGCCCGCGAACACGUCCACGUUCUUCGGCCUGACACACGACGGGAUGGUGCAUGCGUCCGACCUACGUGUUCUUCUUGAACCAGACGCCAAUCAUACCGACUUCAUGACCGUGGGCUUCUAUAGCCCUAUAUCGCAGGCGCCGUUCUAUACGGGAAUGGGCUUGUUUGGGCUGGCUUUGGAUGCGUGGCUUCCUUGUUUCAACGCGUCGGAGAUUGCUAUGCAAGACGUUGUCGAGUAG